AUGCUGCUAGUGGACGCCGACAGUCCGGAGCCCGUGCGCAGCGGGGCGCACGAGCUCGCGCUCUUCCUGACCCCCGAGCCCGGGGCCGAGGCGCGGGCGGUGGAGGCGGCCAUCGAGGGGCUACUCGUGGCGCUGGAGGACUUGAGCCUGGCGACCUGCCGCUUUCUUUUUCAGAUCAGGAGUGACACUUCACAGAUCUUGGAGGAAAAUGUCCCAGUCCUUAAGGCCAAAGUGACAGAAAUGCGUGGCCUCUAUGCCAAAGUGGACCGGCUGGAGGCCUUCGUCAGGAUGGUUGGGCACCACGCUGCCCUCCUGGAAGCCCACGUGCGUCAGGCCGAGCGGGACCACGGGGCCUUCCCGCAGGCCCUGUGGAGGUGGCUGGGCUCCGCCGGGUUCCCCUCCUUCAGGAAUGCACCACCCGGGCCAGGACCCCCUGCGUCUGAGCUGCCCGCGCUCUACAGGACUGAGGACUUUGUUCCCGUGGACGCCCGGGAGGCAGAGCGCCAAUCCCGCUGAGCCUGUCACAGUCCCCUCGAGGGGGCCUCAAUGCUGGGACACCAUUCUCCUAUCAAAAUAAGAUGUGUGCUCAGACCCAGUCCUGCAGCUCUCAGAACCCAGAUUCUACACGAGAAAGACAUGAUAAAGCACGACGAUGGCCUCUUCGUUGAAAUAGCACACAACUGGGCAGAACCCGAGCAUUCCUCAGGCGUUGGCUUUGCAUGUCCCCACUGUGGAACAGGAGCAGGUUGUAAAGAUGGAUUGAUUGGGAGUUCCUGUGAGUCGGCAUGGAGACGUCGCCAAGAUAUGAAAGCCAAAUGCAGAGAAAUGUCCAUAAUAUGCUACCAUCUGUGCAAAAAUGAGAGGCAUGAAAAUUCUCAGGAUAAAUAAAAACUGGAAAACAGGGCGUGUGGGGCGAGAGCGUCCUUUCCACUGUA